AUGUUUAAUAACUCUGAAAUUAAAGUUACUAAUAAUUCAAAUGAAUGGAUCAAUUGGAUUGAAGAGGCCGUUACAAAAAAUUAUUUUAAAUAUUAUGAUUAUAAACAUUUCAAUAAUAUCCAAGAAAUUGGUUUCGGAAGUUGUGGAAAAGUAUAUCGCGCAAAUUGGAAAAAUUUUCGUAAUUAUUUAGCAUUGAAAUCUUUUUAUAAUUACAACAACAUCACAAUUAAAGAAAUUGUUAAUGAAAUUAAACUUCAACGUGAAAUAGAUUUUCAUGAGAAUAUUAUUCGAUUUUAUGGUGUUACAACAGAAAAUCAAAAUGAUAAUUCAAAAAAAUAUUUACUGGUGAUGGAAUAUGCCAAUAAUGGUACCCUUCGAAAUUAUUUAAGUGAAAAUUUUGUAAAUCUUACUUGGAAUGAUAAAUUAAGUCUGGCAUUUCAGUUAGCUCAUGUUGUAACGUGCCUACAUGACGAAGAGAUUGUACAUCGUGAUUUACAUUCCAAUAAUAUUUUAGUUCACCAAAAUACUAUCAAAUUGGCAGAUUUUGGAUUAUCCAAGAGAAUAGAAGAAUCAUCCAAUAGUGAUAUUUAUAGUAUUGGUAUAAUCUUAUGGGAAAUAUCUAGUGGACAGCCACCUUUUAGUAACGAACCAUAUGAUGUUGCUUUGGCUAUGGAAAUAUUGCAGGGUCUGAGAGAGAAACCUAUUUCUAAUACACCUGAAGACUAUAUAAAAAUAUAUUCUGAUUGCUGGAAUAGUGAACCAGAUAAUCGUCCAACUUCCAACCAGGUUGUUGAGAAAUUAAAUGAAAUUAUUCUAAAAGAAAAUAUUAAAGUAUCAAACGAACAGCUGAAUAUUGCAGAAAAUAUUAAAGUAUCUAACGAACAGCGGAUUAUUGCAGAAAAUAUUAUUAAUAAUGCAUGGAGAAAUAUCCCAACAUUUGAAUUAUAUCAAAAUGCGGCAAACUCUGGAAAUGUAUUUGGAAUAACUAGUUUAGGAUAUUGUUAUGAUGAAGGAAUUGGAAUCAGUGUUGACCAGCAAAAGGCAUUUGAAUUAUAUCAAAAGGCUGCAAAUUUAGGAAAUUCACGUGGAAUAAACAACUUAGGAGUGUGUUAUCAAAAUGGAAAGUGUUAUGAAUUUGGUAUUGUUACUAGUAUUGAUAAACAAAAGGCAUUUGAGCUAUAUCAAAAAGCUGCAAAUUUAGGAGAUGCAUAUGGAACAUGUUGUUUGGGAAUUUGUUAUGAAAGUGGUAUUGGAACUAGUAUUAACAAACAAAAGGCAUUUGAGCUAAUUCAAAAAGCAGCAAAUUUGGGAAAUGCAAUUGGAGUAAACAGCUUAGAUGAAAAUGGUAUUGGAACUGAAAUUGAUGAACAAAAGGCAUUUGAACUUUUUCAAGAAGCAGACAAAUUUAGGAGAUGAUUCAGCUCAAUAUAAUCUUGCUUCAAUAUAUGAAUAUGGAAAAGGAGUCAAAAAGGAUAUAAAUCAAGCCAAUUAUUGGUAUGAAAAAUCUGCUAAACAAAGAAAUCGGGAUAGAAAAUGUC